AUAGAUUCUUUCCAACUCUUGCAUAGAUUGAGUAAAAAGAAAAUUAAACUCACACACUGACACACACACUCAAGAAAAAUUGUAGUAAUGGAGAGUAGCUCUCAAUCUUUGUUCUCUCCUAGUAGUCUCCUCUGCGGAGAGGAUUUGGGAAGUUUAGAUUCUGAAGAUGAAGAAGAAAUUGUAGUUGAUGAAAACGAUGAUGCCUACAUUCAAACUCUUCUUGACAGAGAAAUCGAAGUUGAUCGGCGAGAAAUGGAACAUCUUUUCCAGAAUUCUUGGAUUCAAAGGGCUCGUUUGGAGGGGAUUGAUUACAUUCUCAGGAAAAGGGAAGUUCUUGGAUUUGGAGUACAAACUGCCUAUGCAUCAGUUACAUAUCUUGAUAGAUUUCUCUCAAGAAGAUCUGUUGAUGCAGAGCAAUCUUGGGCCAUAAGGCUUUUGUCCAUGGUUUGUCUAUCACUGGCUGCCAAAGUGGAGGAAAUUAGGGUGCCUGCAUUGUCAGAGUUUUGUGUUGAAGAUUACAAUUUUGAGAGCAGUGUGAUAAUGAGGAUGGAGCUUUUGGUGUUGAAGGCAUUAGGAUGGAAAAUGGGAUCCCUAACCCCUUUCAAUUUCACCUCAUUCUUUGCAAGAAAGUUUUUUGAUAAGUCUCCACCAAAAGACUGGUUUUCAAGAAUUGUGGAAGCCAUUUUAAGCUCAGUGAGAGAUGCAAAAAUAAUGUGUCAUGGGCCAUCUGUGAUAGCAGCAGCUGCCACAUUGUUUGUAUUGGAUCAAGAAUUGACAAAAGAAGCAUUGCAGCUUAAAAUUGGUUGCUUAACAACAGCUUCUCACUCUUUCAAUAUUGAGAGCAUCAUUUCCUGCUACAACUCUUUCCAAGAAAUGGAGAUUGAGAGAUUGAAUCGAAGCAAAGCCAUUGAAUCUCCUGUUUUAUCCCCUGCCCAAUUACAAACAUAUGGAAGUUCUUCUGCAAAUUCCGCGAAGCGGAAGCGGCUCGUGUUCGACCAGAUUGAUGAAAAGUCCUCCAAUGUGGAUGAGAUGAAGAAGCCAAAGCCUGAAAGCUGAAAGCAAGCAUCAUCAGUUUUCUUGGGUGAGAAUUAUGCUUAUAAAGAUACUUGGCCUAAUGAGCAUGCUAAUUUUCAUGUUUCUGUAUGAAUUUUGGAGUUGAUUGGACACAAAGUAGAAAGAGCAAGCAGAAAUAUAUUCUUUUGGGAAAAGAAAAAAAAUAAGCAAUAAAAGUUUGGCAAGAGAACAUGAAAAGGUCUGAAAGCUCAGCUGUGAUAAGGAGAGGGAAAAAGCAAAGGAAAUGAAGCUCAGAAAGAUUACUUUCACACAAGUUUAACAAGUCUUGUUUUUGUUGAAAAUCCAAUUUGUUUGAUUGAUUAUUUUUAACUACAUAUUUCUGUUUAUAUAGCUCAUAAUAGCCACAUGCAGCCCUAGAUUUUAGAGGGUGUGCUCUUUUUUUUUUUUUUUAAAGUCUUUGAAAAGGUGAAGAAAAAAAGUGUGAGUGAAGAAGAGGGCUGUCUGCUGUCUCUUUGAUUUGAUACACUUGUGUUGCAAGAAUUCCCAUCAGAAAUGAAGUUUUGCAUAAAGAUUGGGAGCCUUUUUUUUCUUGCCCAUAUUGUGUUGAGGAAUGAGGGAACCUCAGAUUUUGCUUUGUUCUCUCUAUUUGAUGGAACUCUUCAUGUUUUGCUUA